CUGUAUAGGGCCUUUGAGGGAGUUUUUAAUCCGGGGGGUAUUAAUCCCUUUUAAUCCUUAAUCCUUUUUAAUGACUUCCAUAAAACAAUAGGGAAGAGGAAAUGAAAUUUAACGAGGUAUUUCCGGUCAGGAAGUGUGUUAAUUAAUGCAGGUAUUUCCUGUCAGGAUGUGUGUGAAUUAAUGCAGGUAGUUUUUUCAUGGGAAAGGGGGGCAUCUGGGUCAUAAAACUUGAAUUAUGAGGGUCUUUCCUCUGGAGGAAGUGUUUACAUCAUGAGUCAUCAUCAUGGGAGAGGUCUGGGGAUGGACGUGUUACUGGUAGGACGGGCAAUGACCAAAUGACCAAAACAAUGGGCCUGUGCCAGUUAUGUUGUUUGUACGCAGGUACGUAUCCGAGCAAUGAGAAUGCGAGGAUCCUUCUUGUUGGAGUGACGUCACCAUUGUGCGUGCUUGUGAUUGGAUGAGGGAAAAGGAAGGGGUGACUGAGAGGGCGUAACCUAAGGGGUGAGGUAAGGUAUAAACGUCGGAGGAUUCGCACCAUUUUAUAUCAUAGACAUCAGCGCUAAAUUAGUGAAUCAUGCAUGAGCCAUUCAUAGCUAAUUAGCAUUAAUUAAAAGAACAAUAGACUAAUUAAGAGCUCCUUCCCCCAUUUCCAUCUUGAAUUAGCAAUUUUUCCUCUUUGAUUGUCAGAAGAGCGGAAGUUUUCAGACGCUGCGAAUGGAUGAUUUUAAUUAAUCGUCUUGCUUUUGAUUGGUGAAAGAAGACCCAUGCUUGGUGGUGAUUGGGCAACUAAUUAAAGGAGUGCGUUGUGAUUGGUCGUGGGGUGUGGUGCAUUGAGACGUGUAGUGAAGAGACUAAAUAUACACCAGGGUGGUGUUGAGAUAAGGUAUCACAUUCAGCACUGAGCUACAAUUCGUUCUUUGAAAGCAUCUCUAUAGCAUAUACCACACGUAGGUCUAACUCUUCAUAUAUAACCAUGAUGGCCACUCGCUCACCGAAAAAGUCUACCACUACAACAGCCACCAUCCACAACACUGUGUUAAACACGCCUAAGGUCAAGAUACCAGAGAACAACGCCACCAAUGUCUUACAUCGGGCCAGUUUUUCAAUGUCUCCGGUGGAGCAGAAGAAGCUCAAACCAGCAACCCCUCCUGAAAUCUUGGCAAUGAGGGCACAAGGUGACAGAAAAUGUGUAAGUUGGAUUACGGGUAAGGAAGAGGCGGGGUGUCAUUUUAGUCAGGAGAUAAUUAACGUGGAAAAAUGUAAAUUUGAAGCAGGUUCGAAACCAUUUCAUUUGGGUGGGAAGCGUUUUGCUGUAGUCAAGAAAUUCAGGGGAGUCCCAUACGUGAACAUUCGAGAAUACUACAACACGAAAGGUACUAACAGGAUGCUCCCGGGGCAGAAGGGUAUCAAUUUAACGGGAGAAAAUUGGUGGAAAUUGGUCGAGGCCAAAUUUGAAAUCAGCGAUGCUGUCAGAGAUUUGAGUAACGUGAAGAAAUAGUUUUACAACUUGAUGUUUUUGUUUGCGGUUUUGGUUUUUUGAUAAUACAACAUAUAAACAAAAAGGAAGAAUAAAAAAGAAAUUAAAAAAA